CUUCCUGAAGCCUGCACAGACAGACAUACUUCCUUGUUCUGUUGUUCUGCGCGCAUUGACGACCUUUUGACCUUUUCCCAUCGUGAACUUGUGAUCGUUCAUUGACCACUCACAAUGGCUGCUAAAAGUCGUUCACGCGUCUAUCUAGACAUUGAGUUUGGUACCACAAAGGAGGGCAGAAUUUAUCUUGAAUUGUUCGAUGAUGUCGUCCCCAAAACCGCCGAAAACUUUCGCGCGCUGUGUACAGGUGAAAAGGGCGUUGGCAAGCAGGGAAAGCCUCUCAGCUUCAAGGGCUCGAUUUUCCACCGCGUUAUCAAGCAAUUCAUGAUCCAAGGAGGUGACUUUACUGCCUUCAAUGGAACCGGCGGCGAGUCCAUCUACGGUGAGAAAUUCGAAGACGAAAACUUCGACCUCAAACAUGACCGUCCCUUCCUCUUGUCAAUGGCCAACUCUGGUCCCGCAACAAACGGCAGUCAGUUUUUCAUCACUACCGUUGAGACCCCGCAUCUUGAUAACAAGCACGUUGUCUUUGGUCAGGUCAUCAACGGCAAGAGCUUGGUCCGCAAGAUCGAGAACGUUCAAACCCAAGCCGACAAGCCCAAUGUUGAUGUUAUCAUCGCCGACUGUGGCGAGUUGACUGGCGAUGACUACGACAAUGCCGACAAGAAGGUGCUUGACGCAACUGGAGACCCCUACGAAGACUACCCGGCCGAUUACGAUGGAGACUUGACUGCACCCUUGGUCUAUGAAAUCGCUGCCAAGCUCAAGGACCUCGGUAACACAGCCUUCAAGGGCGGAAAGACUUAUCUCGGUUUGGAGAAGUAUCAGAAGGCCCUACGUUAUCUCAACGAAUUCCCAGAUGACGAUGAUAAUAAAGAGCUUGAUGGCCAGCUCAAGACUCUCCGGUUCACCCUACACUCUAAUUCGGCCUUGCUUGCGAACAAGGUCAACCGCUUCAAGGAUGGCAAGACUUGGGCCGGGUACGCAUUGGAAACCGCCGAUGCCGCCAACACAAAGGAUUCCGACCGCGCCAAAGCCCACUACCGCCGUGCCGUCGCUGAGAUCGGUACCAAAGAAGAAGACAAUGCCCUUAAAGACUUGGAAGCAGCUCUGAAGCUUGCUCCUGGUGAUGCCGCAAUUAGCAACGAGAUUAAUCGUGUGAAGAAAAUCAUCGCCGAUGCCGAGAAGAAGGAGAAGGCAGCCGCGCGGAAAUUCUUCUCUUAAAAGUCUGCUUGUCUUAGCGUUGUUGCCCGUGCCUGCGCAUUUUCGUUAAGAAUUACGCAGCUAGUGCAUUCUUUAGUAUCGAUAUCCUUUUGUCUAGGAGCAUGGAGAGUAUGGAGCAUAUCAUGAUCUAUUUCUUCUCUCUUUAUUGGGCCUGCGAGAUACAGUAUUCGCUAUUCGUAGCUAGCUUUAUGAAUACCACGACUUUAUCAU